AUGACAUCUAAAACAAAUGAUGGUGUUGAUUCUUCAAUUGUUCUUACUCCAUUUUUUGAUGGAAAUGACUUUGAAUACUGGAAGAUAAGAAUGAGAACUUAUCUGAAAGCUGAAGAUUUGUGGACUAUUGUUGAAAAUGGCUAUGAAGAGCCAGAAGACGAUGGUGAACUUUCAGUAGCAGAGAUGAAAAAUCUUGAGGCUAAGCGUCGUCAAGAUGCAAAGGCUUUGAGCAAAAUUCAAAUGGGAGUCUCAAGAGCAUUUUUUACAAAAAUUGCUACUUGUGAGACUGCAAAGCAAGCUUGGGAGUCUCUGGAAGCUGAGGUGUGUGGUGACGAAAAGGUACGCACUAUCAAUCUUCAAACUCUUAGAAGAGAGUUUCAAAAUUUGAAGAUGAUAGAAUCUGAAAAAAUCAAUGAAUAUUGCACAAGAGUCAUGAAUAUUGUUAAUGAAAUGAGAAAUCAUGGUGAUGAAAUUUCUGACCAACAAGUUGUGGAAAAGAUUCUAAUUAGUGUCACAAAAAAGUAUGAGUAUAUUGUUGCUAGCACUGAGGAGACGAAAGAACUUUCUAAGCUUUCCAUCAAAGAGCUAGUUGGAUCGUUUCGUGCACACGAGAAGCGAAGAUUUUUUCGUGAGAAUCAACCCAAAGAGACGGCUUUCCAGUCCAGAACCAAUGAGAAUUCUCAAAAUUUCUUAAAGAAUCAACAAAAAAAGAAGUACAAUUCAAAAAAGAAGCAAGAUCGUGAUGACUCUACUAACAAGGUUGAAGAAAAAGCUACCUGGAUAUGUGAUACAAUGAUACUUGAAGAAAUUUAUCUCAGUUUGCUCCAAGCCAAAGCUCUCUGUUGGAUACCUAAUGAUGUCCAAGGACGUGCAGUGAUGUCCGAGGACAUGGUUGAGGAUGGUUAUGAAGAAUUUACUGGUUGUGAUGGUGGCGGUUGUGUUGGGUAUAUUUGGAUGGAAAGAAUUUAA